AUGAUAAGAUUUAACAGACGGUUCACCAAAUUGUACCUACCUUUGGUUGUCUUCACAGUGACAAUCUGGUUCCUGUUUUUUCACAACGCCGAAAAUAUCGAUAGAAACGCUGACCUGCUUGUCUUUGAUAAAUAUACUGGCAGAAAAGGCAAUAUUGUUAUCAAUGCCGGUGUUAUUAGGUGUAUCAGCAUACUAGGGGCCAGUUGGUGUCCUUCGGUAAUCAGUUCUGCUGGAGUUAAACAUGGACGUUCUUAUAGAACAAUAGUGAAGAAAGAUUUGGAUUUUUACAGUUCUUCGUUGAAUAUUUUCAAGAAAUAUUUCUUCUAUGACUCGGUCAACGUUGGGCCACUGCUCAAAGUGAAGAACUUCAAGUAUAUUUCUGAUAUCGUUUCUAAAAAGGCUUUAGAGUCCCAAGAACUAGGUGAAAAUGUAGAAAAGAAACAUUUAUUGGAAGACACAUAUGCAAUUGUUUCAAAGUUGACAAGUCCAGAGACAUUUGAACCAAUUGCUGAUGUCGAUGUAUUGUAUAACUUGGAAUUCGAUCCAAGACCUGGUUGGAAAUUGGUAGAUGGAAUAACCAUAAAUGCAUUGACAAAAUUCUCUAUCUAUAAACAUAUGCCAGCAUCUGACAAGAUCACAUCAACGAAGGACCGUACUUUAGUUUUGAAGCAGGACUCUGCAAAGUAUAAAAUUGUUCAAUUGGCAGACAUGCACUUUUCCAUAACUGAUGGUGAGUGUCAUGAUGAAUUCCCACCAACUGAUGACUGUAAAGCAGAUAGGAAAACACAAGUAUUUAUUGAUAAAGUUUUGGAUUUGGAACAACCAGAUUUGGUCAUUUUUACAGGUGAUCAGAUAAUGGGUGACCAGUGCAAAAAGGACUCGAAAAGUGCAUUAUUGAAAGUAGUAGGUCCGAUCAUUGCAAGAAAAAUUAAAUGGGCUAUGGUAUGGGGGAAUCAUGACGAUGAAGGUUCUCUUGACCGUUUUGAAUUAUCUCAGCUUGCUGCAUCACUACCAUAUUCAACAUUCAGAAUUAAUGCAGGUAUUGAUACUUUGGAUACCACAUUUGGUAUUGGUAAUUACGUUCAAAAAAUAUAUAAAGAAGAGAAGAAUAAACCGGAUUCAUACAUUCCAAUUGGGUCCUUGAUAUUUAUGGACUCCCAUAAAUAUUCUAAAUCACCAAAAUCCUUUCCAGGAUACGAUUGGAUUAAACCAUCACAAUAUAAUUACAUUGGAAAACAUUACGGAUUAAAGACACCUUUAAAUAUGGCAUUUUUCCAUAUUCCAUUGCCUGAGUAUCUAAAUAUAAAAUCAGAAAGUACUGGAAAAGAAAAUAAAAUUGUAGGUAGUGGAAGAGAAGGUGUAACGGCACCAAAAUACAAUUCCGGUACUUUAGAAUUUUUAAAGAAGGAGUUAAAUGUCCAGUUAAUCUCUGUCGGUCAUGACCAUUGCAAUGACUACUGUCUAUCCAACGAUGAUUAUGGUAGUAAGUCAUGGCUAUGUUACGGAGGUGGAGCUGGUGAAGGUGGAUAUUCCGGUUAUGGGGGGACUGAGCGUAGAAUUAGAGUUUUUGAAAUUGAUUUUGAUAAGUUAAGUAUAGAAACUUGGAAAAGAAAACAGACUAAUUCACAAGAUACGUUUGACCAUCAAGAAUUGGUCUCUGGUGGAAUUGCUGUUUAA